GCCCGUUCACGUCAAUUGGCACAACAAGUGGAGAGGCUGAGGCGAGCCCAGCAGCCACCAGCUCCGGCUGCGCUUCCUGCUCCAACUCUUCUGCCGUCCCUGGAACGCCAACGACGAUGGGGGCGUGCGCCGUCAAGUCGCAAAAUAUUCCGGGAAUUCGUGGAGGUUGGCUUAACAAUGGCCGUGGUAUUCGUGACCUACUAUAUCCAACGACAAUGGAUUCCUCC